CGGCGACUCCCGGAGCGGCGGGGGGUGGGGAGGAGGCGCUAUGGCCGACGUGUUCCCGGGCUCCGAGCCCGGCGCCGACCCGGAGGCGGCGCGGCGCUUCGCUCGUAAGGGCGCCCUGAGGCAGAAGAACGUGCACGAGGUGAAGGAGCACAAAUUCAUCGCGCGCUUCUUCAAGCAGCCCACCUUCUGCAGCCACUGCACCGACUUCAUCUGGGGAUUUGGGAAGCAAGGAUUCCAGUGCCAAGUUUGCUGUUUUGUGGUUCACAAGAGGUGCCAUGAAUUCGUUACCUUCUCCUGUCCUGGGGCUGACAAGGGGCCUGACACUGAUGAUCCCAGAAGCAAGCACAAGUUCAAGAUCCACACCUAUGGGAGCCCCACCUUCUGUGACCAUUGUGGGUCCCUGCUCUACGGGCUCCUGCACCAGGGCAUGAAGUGUGACACCUGUGACAUGAACGUUCACAAGCAAUGUGUGAUAAACGUCCCAAGCCUCUGUGGCAUGGACCACACAGAGAAGAGAGGGAGGAUUUAUCUGAAGGCUGAAGUCACUGGUGACAAACUGGAAGUUACAGUGAGAGAAGCAAAAAACCUCAUUCCCAUGGAUCCAAAUGGACUUUCAGAUCCUUAUGUCAAACUGAAGCUCAUCCCAGAUCCUAAGAAUGAAAGCAAACAAAAAACGAAAACCAUCCGUUCUACCCUGAAUCCUGACUGGAAUGAGUCAUUCACGUUUAAAUUAAAACCUACAGACAAAGAUCGCCGGUUAUCCGUGGAGGUCUGGGACUGGGAUCGAACCACCAGGAAUGAUUUCAUGGGGUCACUCUCUUUUGGGGUGUCAGAGCUUAUGAAAAUGCCAGCCAGUGGAUGGUACAAGCUGCUGAAUCAAGAAGAGGGUGAAUACUACAAUGUUCCAAUUCCAGAUGCUGAUGAUGAUGGAAAUGCAGAGCUCCGACAGAAGUUCGAGGACUGUCAUGUAAAUAUCCACUUCUUCAAGAAAGCCAAACUUGGGCCAGCUGGUAACAAAGUCAUUACUUCAACAGAAGACAAGAGCUCUAGUGUGCCGUCCAACAAUCUGGACAGGGUGAAGCUGACAGAUUUCAACUUCCUCAUGGUGCUUGGAAAGGGGAGCUUUGGGAAGGUGAUGCUGGCAGACAGGAAGGGCACAGAGGAGCUCUAUGCAGUCAAAAUCCUGAAGAAAGACGUGGUGAUCCAGGAUGAUGAUGUGGAGUGCACCAUGGUGGAGAAACGAGUCCUGGCACUGCAAGAUAAGCCCCCGUUCCUGACACAGCUGCACUCUUGUUUCCAGACAGUUGACCGGCUGUAUUUUGUGAUGGAGUAUGUCAAUGGUGGGGAUCUCAUGUAUCACAUCCAGCAAGUGGGAAAAUUUAAGGAGCCACAAGCAGUGUUCUAUGCAGCUGAGAUCUCUAUUGGGUUAUUCUUUCUCCAUAACAGAGGGAUUAUUUAUAGAGAUCUGAAAUUAGAUAAUGUGAUGUUGGAUUCAGAAGGACACAUUAAGAUUGCUGAUUUUGGAAUGUGCAAGGAGCACAUGUUGGAUGGAGUAACAACCAGGACCUUCUGUGGCACUCCAGACUACAUUGCACCAGAGAUUAUUGCUUACCAGCCCUAUGGGAAGUCUGUGGAUUGGUGGGCAUAUGGUGUGCUGCUCUAUGAGAUGUUGGCUGGCCAGCCUCCAUUUGAUGGGGAAGAUGAAGAUGAACUAUUCCAGUCCAUAAUGGAGCAUAAUGUUUCCUACCCAAAAUCACUGUCCAAAGAAGCAGUCUCCAUCUGCAAGGGGCUGAUGACUAAACAUCCUGCAAAACGCCUUGGCUGUGGCCUGGAAGGUGAAAGAGACAUCAGGGAACAUGCUUUCUUCAGGAGAAUUGACUGGGAGAAAUUGGAGAACAGGGAGAUUCAGCCACCUUUCAAACCUAAAGUGUGCGGCAAAGGGGCCGAAAACUUCGAUAAGUUCUUCACGCGAGGACAGCCGGUGUUGACGCCUCCAGAUCAGCUGGUCAUUGCCAACAUAGACCAAACAGAUUUUGAAGGGUUCUCUUUUGUCAACCCCCAGUUUGUGCACCCCCCUGUAGAAAAUGUAGCAUGAAACAGCAGAACAAAUCCCGCCGCGGGGAGCAGGUGUAACCCUACAAUUUUUAGGCUUUCUCCUCGUUGAUUCCAUUUGGGCCUGGAAAUUGUAGGGUUAGAGGGUGGAGGAUGAGGGAAGGGCCACUUAGUCAGGAUUUGGGCUUUGCAGCAGCAGUGUUGUCUUAACAGGAGGUAAAUUAGUGUACGGUACCCACUUUUUCUUCUAGAAGUCGCCACUGACUUGUUGAAACUUACCCAUGUUUUGGUACGUUCUCUAUUUUGUAACUUCCCGCCGUCCUUUUGCUCCCUUUUCCACUCCCUUGUGUUGGAAAAACAUCUGACACGUGCUCUGAAUGAGAAGCCACCUCGAGUAUUUAUUUACUUAUUGCUUGGGGGUGGAUGCUGGGAGGUGGGAGCUCCUGCCCGGAGACCUCAGGGGCAGCACCAGAGACUGGGAGGGGAGAGGCAUUGCAAAAACAGCACUGAAAGGGUUUGAAAAAUAUGGCAGCAAAAAAAUAAUACUUGGGAAUGGGUGGGAGGGGGGAUGAAAUCAAAUUAGACCCCAAGGUUUGGUGAACUGAUCCUGUAAAAUCCCAAAUAAAAGCACUGGGGUGGUGGCCACGUCUCUAGGAUUUGUGCUAGGAGUAGCAUGUGAUAAACUCAAGGGUGAAAUUUUGUCUUUAAUAAUAAUAAUAGUAAUAAUUUUAAUAAUACUUUUGUGAAUUUUUAAUCUCCAUGAGAUUAUUCUGUGAUCCAGGGUGCCAUUGUCUGUUGUUCAGUUGGUUUCAUUUACACCACUCCUCAAGUUUACUGUUAACUGGUUCUAAUACCAAUAUUUUACUAUGAAAUUUAUUAACCUGGAAUGUAAAACAAAACUGUAAUUCCUUAUAUCUUAUUUACUUGUGUUUAUUUAUAGUCUGCAGUGUAGGACAGUAAAGAAAGCUUUAUGUAUACUAAAUAAACAAAAAAUGCAGCCCCAAGUGACUUCCUAACUUCUCAGAAUAACUCAUGAAAUUCAAGUGAGAUUUAGUCUUAAAUAAUCGGUUUUAAUUCAGAAAACUUUGAGCUGUAGAAUAAUCGAGCCUGAAAAAAGCAGCACCUAAAACUGGUUUUAUUGAUAGAAUGGAAUUUAAUACAUUUUACAUAUGCUUCAUGCAAUGAAUUUUGCAUGUUUAGUAAUAACUCUUAAUAAUAAGGGUUAAUAAUAAGCAGAUCUAUAUUAUUGACAUAAUCGUACCAAGCAUAAAGAGUAUUAUAAAAAUUUUAUAAAACAACUUGUGCUUUAUUUGUGAAAGUUCUUGUUCUGAAUGACACCAUUUAGAUUUAGCUAAAUGUUUUCUUGCUAUUGUUUUGAUUUUUACUUUAGGUUUUGAAUAUUGUUACUGGCUUAGGGUAUAAUCUCUUUUUUUUAAAGUAGAUAUACUUUUAAAUAAUAAUUGCUACCUGCAGGUUUUAUACGAGGUUCAAUUAGGCUUUCAUUUCACAUCUGCUUAUUACUUGCAGAGAAGGAAAUAGACUUUAUUUGCAAUGAUGAACACUGUAAUUAAUGCAAUCUUCUCCUCUCCUAUCACUUAGAUAAAAAAUUUUGAUAUUUCGUCUUACUACUUACCAGAAGAUAUUAACUCAAAUAUCAGUAAAUAAUGUUUUGUGCAUAUUUUGGUUUUGUUACAGCAUGUAAAAUAGUAGUUGGUGCAUUUUCCCUUUUUUUUCCUCUCCUGCCUUGAUCCCAUUAGCAGCCACAGGCACUUUAUGUCUGUCAGAUGUGCAUGAUGACGCCAGAAGCAUGAUAUCUCUGUUGCUGCAUGCAGACUGAUUACAAUUUUUCCAGCAUGUAAACAUAUUCAAAAAAGUAAGAUAUUUGCCAUAAAAUACUUCAAUUUAUACUAGACUAUGUAAUGGGGUGGGGUGGGAGGGGAACCUACU